AAUUAUUGUUAUUAUUAAUUUGAUGAUUCAUAUAUUUUUAUACACACGUCUAAUCGGUUCUCUGUUUUUUUUUUUAUCUCUGUAAUAAAAACACCUGACAAUUGUUAUAUCUGUUACACGUUGAUUAUUGAAACGUCAUGUUAUUAAUAUUUUUUUCAACAAUAAAUUCUUUAUAAAAAUGUAUUAAUCAAUUGAAGACAAUACAGUGUGUGUUGUUCAGUGUGUGAUAAAUAAAUUCAGCCAUUUUUUUCUUUUGUAUAAAAUAAAAAAUAUAAUUAAUUUUUUAUAUUAAUAUUUUCUUUGCUUUUUGUUGUGAUUAAUUCAAGAACUCCUGGUGUGAAAUUUGAUGGUCAAAAUGAAUCACAUUGAUGAAGCUAAAAUAAAACAAAGUUUAUCUAAAUAUCAACAUCCUGAAGUAACAAAAAGAGAAGUUCAAAAUGUAUUAACACAGUACAAAAGCCUGAGGCACAAGUGUGAAAAAUUUGUAUUUAAUGAUGGCUCAUCUCAAGAUUUGUUUAAUUUACAAGGCACAAUUCCUGUCCUCUACAAAGGACUUGUAUAUAACAUACCAAUUUGCAUAUGGCUAAUGGAUACACAUCCAAACAAUGCACCAAUGUGUUAUGUCAAACCAACAGCUGACAUGAAUAUUCGUGUCAGUCAGUAUGUUGAUCAUAAUGGAAAAAUAUAUUUACCUUAUUUGCAUGAAUGGGUACCACAUACAUCAGACAUACUGGGAUUAAUACAAGUGAUGAUAAUAACAUUUGGUGAACAACCACCAGUGUUUGCUAAAAAACAUCCAAGCCAUAAAACAACACCAUCACCAUAUCCAACACAACCAUUUAUGCCAGUACCAAACAGUGGAGGAAAUGCAUCUGGUGGUGGAGCUGGUGGAUCACCAUACACACCGUAUCCAACAAAUCCACAAUUUACAAGUGGAGCCAAUCCUUAUCCACCAUAUCCACCAGCAAGUGGUUCUGCUUUUGGUGGAGCAUAUCCAGGAUAUCCUCCAAUGCCAGCAAUGUCAUCACCGUAUCCAUCAUCAUACCCAAGUACAUAUCCACCACCUUAUCCUCCAGCAAAACAACCAUCACCACCAAUGGGAGGUAUGACAAGUGGUAAUUCUGAUACAAUUACUGAAGAACAUAUUAGAGUGUCAUUAUUGUCAGCAGUUGGUGAUAAAUUACGUAGACGUUUGUAUGAACAUCAUUCACAAUUACAAGCUGAACUUCAAACACUACGUCGUACACAACAAGAAUUAACAAAUGGAUCAUCAAAAUUAUCAGAUAUAUUUGCUAAAUUACAAAAAGAAAAAAAUGAAUUGGAAAAAAAUGUUAAUAUUUUGCAAGAUAAAGAAGCUGAGUUGGUUAAAGAAAUUGAAAAAUUAUCAGAUAAUCAAUCAAUUGAUGUUGAUGAAGCUGUUACAACUAUUGCACCACUUUAUAAACAAAUGUUGAAUGCAUUUGCUGAAGAAGCAGCAACUGAAGAUGCAAUUUAUUAUCUUGGUGAGGGUCUUCGUCAAGGAUCAAUUGAUUUGGAUGUGUUUUUAAAACAAGUUCGACAAUUAUCACGCAGACAAUUUAUGCUACGUGCUUUGAUGCUACGUUGCAGACAAAAAGCUGGUUUAGCUGCAUGAUUUUAUUGAAUAUCAUGACAGUCAAAUAAUCCUGGAUGGAGAUAGACUUGCUUCAAAUUUGUGGUUAAUAAUAUACUAUUUUAUUAUCGAACAAAAAAAAUAUUAAUAAAAAUAAUGUUAUACAAAAACAAAAUAUAAUUAAAUAUUAAUAAACAUACAUGUACUCAAUGUGUGUUGAAUAAAUAAAUAAAAAAAAUUACAAAAUGUAAACAGAAUACUGGAGAUUAAAAAGAAAAUAUUAUUAAAAAUCAUUGUUUUGUUUAUUAA